AUGUCGUUCUACGUCUACUAUGGCAAGCUCGAUACUGAGCUCCUCGUUGCCGUUCUGCCCAAUGGCACCAUUGAGCACAACGAUCCCAUCUUUCUUUACACUAAGCAGUGGGACUUGAUAUCACAUAAAGCAACAGACGUCAAGGUCACUGACGAAAGCGAAGACCUUGUAAACUUCAAGGAUAAUCACUUUACAUAUCAGAUUGUUACCAAAAUGGCCUACAAGGAACUCACGUUGACCGUCAAAGACAAGGAUGGAAAGACGUCCAAAGUAGCACUGACCCGCCACUACGAUCAGCCCUUCACAGCCCUCCCGCAGUCUGAUCCACCCACAAUCUGGACUGGCGCCGUCGACUUCCACGAUUGGGCCAAGAACGAAGCUUUCUUCAUUAUUACUCCCAAGGGUCUUGGGAACGGCAAACCUGUGGUUUCUGUCUGGCAAUGGACACAGGAUGCCAACAAGGGAGAACGCUCAUUGACCUAUGCGACCGGAGAGCAACAGUCUCAAAUCGGAACCCCGACCAUGUUCUCCUUCAAGCACAAUGGUUACUACACCUUGGACUGCAAGAUCAGCACCAAGACUAGUGGUCUCAAUGUCACCAUCAAGAGCAAGACAAACCCCGAAGCCAUCCAGAAGGAAAUGCCACUAGCUCAGAAGAUCACGAUUGGAGCGGAGCACCAGUUCACGCCUCCUCGCCCUGCCGUGGAGAAAAUUACCAUGGAGUGCAGUUAUCCCAAGGCGACCUCAUCUCUCAAGAGAUACAAUGGUGCCCUUCCAUUUCCCGCGGAUCUCGUCGAGACACUGAGGCAUUCUGCGGCGUAUGUUGACCAGGCCGGCUAUCUAGCCAACCAUGCUGUCAACCAAUUCAAUCAGCUCGACAAGUCCUUCCAGAUGCUCGAAAAGAAGGCAGAGGCUAGAGCCACAAAGAUCAUUGUCCUCGAAGAUGACAUCGCCAAGCAUCUCGAAGCCAACGGUGUCUUAGAUGCCAAAAACAAGGAGUUGCAGAAGCAGCUCCAAGAUUACCGCGCCGCUGCCGAAUCCCGCGAAGCCAAACUGCAGGAAGCACUCGUAAAGACCAAAGACGACCUCACCCUAUCUGAGGAGAAACACGCUACAGCCGAGGCGGGCCGAGCCAAAGCAGAAGCAGAAGUCAAGCAACAGAAAGUCUACAUCGAAAAAGACCAGCUCUCCGACAAGAAACGAGACGCCGACUUUGCAGCCCACGACAAAAAAGACCACGACCACAUCGCGCAGCUGGAAAAGAACCUCGCCACAUCUCGCGAUGCCGAAGCCCUCUCUGCCCGCAAACUCAAAGACCGCGAUGCAACCAUUCAAAAACUCAACGCAGAAAUCACAUCCCUCUCCUCCUACAUCCGCACCCUCGAAUCUACCCUCUGCGACCGCGCCACUGAAAUCGCUGGCCUAACUGCAACCCUCACAUCCACAAAGUCUCUCCUCGCCCUCAAACAACGCGAACUCAGCACCCUCAACACCACCCUCAGUGCUCUCACCACCACCAAGCAAAACCUGGAAACCGCUCUCUGCAACGAGCAAUACAACCACCGCAAAACCAAUGACUCCCUACUUACCCUGUCCCGGAAACACGCCGCGCAAUCUACCGACCUUGACGAUAAGAUCAAAGAAUACCACGCCCUGCAGGCUAAACUCGACGAAGCGGAGCAAGAUCUUCGCGACGCCCAGCAGGCGCGCAAUAAAUGGGAGAAGAAAGCGCGGACCGCGGAAACGGAUUUGCAGGAGAGAAAUGCGAAGAUGGAAGGGUUGCGGAGGGCGAAGGAGGCGGAGAUUAGGGAGCUGGAGGGGAAGGUGGCCAGGGCGGAGAGGGAGCAUGGGGUGCAUCAUCGAGGGGCUAGUGGGAUGGUGGCUAUGGAGCAUAAGGACCAUGUGGUGGUGAGUAGUGCGGAGGUUGUUGGUGCGUGA